GUUUUGAACUUCCGAUCGAUCUGUACAGGCCGUUAGAUCUCCUCACGACUACUUUCGCCAGCCCAUGCUUUUUGAUGUCCAAGUGAGAAUAUAUGGCUCAUUUGCAAGGCGUUUGGAAGCCGAGAACCGGUUCCGUCAGAUAAUAAAUGGUGCAACCUCGUCUGCUGCCAUGCACAAUGUCGCCAGCUUUUCGCCAUUUUGGAUUUCAUGGAUUCCUAAAGUUCGGAUUAUUUUCUUGCCACUGUAGCAGUAGUUGAGGCUCACGAAGUGCUUCUCGCAGACUUCUCAGCCUGAGUAUACUGGUGGAUUCGCUAGAUUGUUGCGAUUUCGUUGCGUAUCUUCAGCUACUCCUCGUGUUUGUUUAUUUUUAGUACAUACCAUCUAUUCAUCGGGUUCCCCGCAGAUCGUGCAAAUAUUGGCUCGAUGCGAGGUCACCUUCGGAGCGACAGAGAAUUGUGUGCGAGUCUAGCAAGUGCAGUCUUGCGCUUUGAAAUCCGCAGAUGUGCUAGCGUGGGGAAGACCAAGAAUGUAGAUAUGUCUGUGUGAGGCAGCAAAUUAUCGACGCCUUCACAGAGUUCCCAACGUCAUCUUUUGUGGACUCGGACACUACAUUCUUGGGUUUUAUCACUAGUGGCAAUUGUAUCGGGCACCAAACAGGAUAGAUCUACAACAGGAGGGAGAAGGACUACCUCCAAUCGAAUCACGAGGGGAAAGGCUUUUCUGCAUAAAUAUCUCAACUAGUUUAUGUGGCUUCAAGGACCCGAGGUAAUGAAAUUUGCUUCAUGCACGUGCGUCUUAAGGUUUGCGAAGUAGAAGUAUGCUCUCUUUUCCCGCCGGCUGUUAAAAGAUUUGUAAGACAACGCGUGAAGAAGCUGAAGCCUCUGCAGCCAGACCAUCAACUAGUUCAAUUGUUAGAACUAUAUAAGAUUUUCAAUCCAUCAGGAGUGCGCCUUGGGGUAUGCGCCAUUCAAAUGGUCACACGCUUUCUUCGCCCAUGGAAUACUUGGGGCGUUUAGGGCUUGGCCCGAGAAAGAACAGAAAGGAGCGUGGAAUGUCUCAACGUCACCCUGCUGAUUCGAAAGAAACGAAAAUUGGUGGAGUGCAAACCGGCGCAGACAGGAGCUGCAAUAUUCGAGCCUCCAUCCACACAGUCAACCUCCAGCAGUCCCCAGCAUUGAAAACCAACCUCGAGCUUAUUAUCAAUCACCCACUCGUCGCCCCUUACGAAACAGGCCACGAGCAGGAGAAUUUAGAAAUCUGGGACCCUGCAUCCACGGCUGCGCCACUGAGGUCAACCGCGACUGACGUGACAAGUGCCUGGGGACAAUUCUUCCCAAGGACAAGCGCCUCAAGCCAGGACGCAUCAUUCGACACAGAAAAAUUUGACGACGAUCAGAACGUUCAAGCUCCACCAUACCCGCUCGCGAACCAUAGUUUCGGCCGCGGUCCUGGAGGACGCCACGCUUGGAAAACCUUACUAUUCUGGAAGCAGCCCACGAGAUCACCAGGCAUGCAAUCGAUCACCGGCAAAGCAGCCUUCACCCCUCUCCAUCACCACAAACUUGCUGCUCUCGCACCAGGUCACAAGUCAGCCGGCGACACCUCCGAACAGAUAUCUCCCCCCACUGCAGCAGCACCCUUGUACAUCGAUGAGUCCUCCGCUUCGCCCGUUCAACAAUCCUCCCAACGCCGAACUUGGUGCGAGCCUUUCCGUGGCUGCAAGCUCUCCACACCUCGAAGACAACCCCCAGAUGGUUUCUGUAACAUGUCGCAGUAUGUGCUUCUCGAUGAUCAUCGAUCCCAGCGCCUAGUAUCUGGCCCACUGUACCUCGUCUAAUCGUCAAGACCUCUUCCAGCUCCCACCAGCAACACAAACAUGAAUCCAUCAGUAAGCACAUCAGUCUCAUAAGCACUCAAGCACCCGAUCAACGUGCAAUUCCUACUCAAAUCAGUGGAGCGAUGGUUUCCGGUCUUCGAUGCAACCAGUUCAUCGAAACGGUUGUGGUUGCAUGAGCUUGAACCUUUUCUCCGUCAAUUUCACGCGAGUAAGCGUUAUAUUUGCGUCGUGCUAGACUUGAAUUCCGGCGUCGUCAGCUCAUUACUGAGCUGCAUCAAUUGAACCCACAUGCCAAUGCAGCCAUCGCUGCCAGUGUUAGAGCAAUAUGAGCAACAAAGUUGCCUGGAAUUGCUGAACCCAUCCAUUUCCCUCCAAAACUUUUCUUUCUUUCUUUCUUUUUUCUUUCUUUUUUCUUCUUUUUUUUAAAAUCUAGGUUUUAUCAUACGAGGAAUUGGAUCAUUUGCAUUUAUUUGAAACACUGGACUAGUUUAUCAUAUUGAAACUGUAUAUUUUUGACACGAUGAAAUGCUCAUGUGGAUGUGAAUAAAGGAGCUUCUGGAUGGUUGUAUUCCAA